GUUCCUUAUAGCCAUCUACGCUCAACUCAUCACGCCUAAUUGUUUACAAUCUGUUCGACGAAACAUGGCUGCUGUCAAGUGAGCUGUUGAUGGUGUACCGAACAGUUACAAUUCACUUAUAUAUUAUCUUUAAUGAUUCAUUUUAAAUAUUUUAAUUCAUAACAGUGUAUUUUAACGGGGAUAGUUUCAAUAGUUUUCGUUUUACUUUGGAACCGUCACAGAUUCCUUCACCCGCGAUAACGCGCCAGUUAGCAUCACUAGCUAACUAGCUCAAGGAGAACAAUGACGGCUAGCUCAUCGGGUGGAAACACCUGUCUCACUGCUAAAGGUUUGGACAUUAGUCUCGCAGCCCUGCAAAGACAAGAUCCUUACAUCAACAACAUUGUAGAUGUGGCGAGUCAAGUGGCGUUGUAUACUUUCAACAACCGAUCCAAUGAAUGGGAGAAGACUGACGUGGAGGGGACCCUGUUUGUCUAUACAAGGCUAGCAUCUCCCAGACACGGUUUCACCAUAAUGAACAGGCUGAGUAUGGAGAACCUGACUGAACCCAUCACUAAAGACCUGGACUUCCAGCUGCAGGAUCCGUUCCUGCUCUACAGGAAUGCUCGCUUAGCUAUCUAUGGCAUCUGGUUCUAUGAUAAGGCGGACUGCCAGCGCAUCGCAGAGCUUAUGAAGUAUCUGACGAAACAGGAACAGGCCCUAGCCCAGCGUGGUCAACAGGGUCAGGGGGGCUUGGUGUCUCCUCGAGCACUGGAGGCAGCAGGGGACCCUGGGAAGGGACAAGGAGUGGACAUCCUGCAGAUGCUGACCAAAGCACGCAAUGAGUAUGACAAGGGUGGCCAACCAGAGCCUAAAGAGAUAGGAGGGUGUAGUGUCCUUAAUGCCAACCCCAGCCUGAUCAAACCUAUCCCUGUCAAACCUAUGGAGAGAUAUCCCCAGCCUGGGCUACAGGAGAGGCCUGUUCAGGAUAGUCGAGGAGAGCCCAGGCCUCUCUCUCUGGCCACUCUGUUUGGUGUCCAACAGGCCAGAGCAGAGCUGGUCUCUCCCAUGGCUGGGUCAGGAGGUCCAGGGCCCCAGGGGGAGCCUGGUGGUGUCCGCCCGGCGGUGGCCCGCUCCUUGUCCUACGACGACCCAGUCCAGGCCCAGCUCCGUCUCCAGGCCCAGGAAGGGGGUCUGAUCUCAGGUAGCAGCCCCCCGCAGCACUGCCCUGCCUUCCAGAAGCUCAUGAAGGAUGCCGCCUCCUCCGCCUCCUCCUCCCAGCCUCAGAAGCAGCUCCAGAGAGGAGGUCCUAUGGAGCAGCUCCAACUCGUCUCCGAGUCACCCGAGAACAGACUGCGUGAGAACGGAGCCCCCUCUGUCCUCCACCAUCAGACCCAGGCCAGACAAGACCCCAUCCAGAGACUGUUCCAGAACCAGCCCACUUCCACCACCCCUUCAAUGACCACCUCCGCUCCCUGUCGUCCUCGUCCUCCUCCUCUCAUCCCUGGUCUCCAGUCUGCCCGUCCUCAGCCUCUCCUGGUGGAUGCUUUGGGCUUCCCUGGUUCUCAACACCAUCACCUCCCUCCUCACCAGGCCCAGCCGUUGUACUUCAGCCCCACCAAGCCCCCCCAGAUGCUGGUCCCCAUGUUGCCCUCACAUCCCUCCCAGUCUCAACCUCCCCACCAACCCCAGCCUGGUCAUCCUCAGUCACAGCCCUGUCACCCUUUCCACCCCUUCCAGCACCCCCAGCCCUUAUACCUCCAACACCUGCCAGGUCACCCCCAGCAGGGGCAGCUAACUGGUGUCGUCUCCCCCCAUGAGCUGCUCCAGAGGCUGCAGCUGGUUCAACAGGAGCAGAGUCUGGUCCCGGAGCCCACUAGGCCUUCCUCUAACCUGGCUCCUCGCUUCCACGAGCCAGCCCCUCUAGCCCCCUCAGCCCCCCCAGCCAUGGGGCAGCACGGCCAGCAGUCGGCUCAUUCUACAGCCAGGUCUCUGGACAGUUUGGCUGACAAGAACUCUGCAGGCACCGCUGCUCAGAAGUUCCAGGUGAUCUCCCCCCAGCGUAUCCCAGCCACGGUGGCACCUACCCUGCUCCUGUCCCCCAGUGUCUUCUCCCAGGCCAAGCGCCCCCAGGCCAAAGCCUCUGGGGACACCCACUGCCCCCCUGGCUCUCAUCCUCCCUCAGCCCUCCUGGCCCCGCAGGCCCCGGACGACCCCCAACCCAGGGGCCUCUCUAAGAGCCAGCUCCAGGCCACCCUGCUGCACCUCAUACAGACUAGCAAUUCUGCAGGCGUCAAACUCUCCCCUCCUUGAAGAAGCAGCUGGUCUCACACAGCCAAACGAACGACAGUUCCUUCCUGGAUACCAUCUAUGAGUCCUACGCCCACCGCUUCUCCACGGAAGCCACCACGAACAAGUUCUGAGGCCAGGGUCCUGUUGAAUGAGGCACCCAAUAGAAACAUGUUUCAGGGUCCUGUUGAAUGAGGCACCCAAUAGAAACAUGUUUCAGGGUCCUGUUGAAUGAGGCACCCAAUAGAAACAUGUUUCAGGGUCCUGUUGAAUGAGGCACCCAAUAGAAACAUGUUUCAGGGUCCUGUUGAAUGAGGCACCCAAUAGAAACAUGUUUCAGGGUCCUGUUGAAUGAGGCACCCAAUAGAAACAUGUUUCAGGGUCCUGUUGAAUGAGGCACCCAAUAGAAACAUGUUUCAGGGUCCUGUUGAAUGAGGCACCCAAUAGAAACAUGUUUCAGGGCCCUGUUGAAUGAGGCACCCAAUAGAAACAUGUUUCAGGGCCCUGUUGAAUGAGGCACCCAAUAGAAACAUGUUUCAGGGUCCUGUUGAAUGAGGCACCCAAUAGAAACAUGUUUCAGGGUCCUGUUGAAUGAGGCACCCAAUAGAAACAUGUUUCAGGGUCCUGUUGAAUGAGGCACCCAAUAGAAACAUGUUUCAGGGUCCUGUUGAAUGAGGCACCCAAUAGAAACAUGUUUCAGGGUCCUGUUGAAUGAGGCACCCAAUAGAAACAUGUUUCAGGGUCCUGUUGAAUGAGGCACCCAAUAGAAACAUGUUUCAGGGUCCUGUUGAAUGAGGCACCCAAUAGAAACAUGUUUCAGGGUCCUGUUGAAUGAGGCACCCAAUAGAAACAUGUUUCAGGGUCCUGUUGAAUGAGGCACCCAAUAGAAACAUGUUUCAGGGCCCUGUUGAAUGAGGCACCCAAUAGAAACAUGUUUCAGGGCCCUGUUGAAUGAGGCACCCAAUAGAAACAUGUUUCAGGGUCCUGUUGAAUGAGGCACCCAAUAGAAACAUGUUUCAGGGUCCUGUUGAAUGAGGCACCCAAUAGAAACAUGUUUCAGGGUCCUGUUGAAUGAGGCACCCAAUAGAAACAUGUUUCAGGGUCCUGUUGAAUGAGGCACCCAAUAGAAACAUGUUUCAGGGUCCUGUUGAAUGAGGCACCCAAUAGAAACAUGUUUCAGGGUCCUGUUGAAUGAGGCACCCAAUAGAAACAUGUUUCAGGGUCCUGUUGAAUGAGGCACCCAAUAGAAACAUGUUUCAGGGUCCUGUUGAAUGAGGCACCCAAUAGAAACAUGUUUCAGGGUCCUGUUGAAUGAGGCACCCAAUAGAAACAUGUUUCAGGGUCCUGUUGAAUGAGGCACCCAAUAGAAACAUGUUUCAGGGCCCUGUUGAAUGAGGCACCCAAUAGAAACAUGUUUCAGGGCCCUGUUGAAUGAGGCACCCAAUAGAAACAUGUUUCAGGGUCCUGUUGAAUGAGGCACCCAAUAGAAACAUGUUUCAGGGUCCUGUUGAAUGAGGCACCCAAUAGAAACAUGUUUCAGGGUCCUGUUGAAUGAGGCACCCAAUAGAAACAUGUUUCAGGGUCCUGUUGAAUGAGGCACCCAAUAGAAACAUGUUUCAGGGUCCUGUUGAAUGAGGCACCCAAUAGAAACAUGUUUCAGGGUCCUGUUGAAUGAGGCACCCAAUAGAAACAUGUUUCAGGGUCCUGUUGAAUGAGGCACCCAAUAGAAACAUGUUUCAGGGUCCUGUUGAAUGAGGCACCCAAUAGAAACAUGUUUCAAAACGCUUUGCAACAGGAAGUUGAAAAUAAUCAUUUCUUCUGGGACAAGUCCAGGGAGACCCUCUCCCUGUUUUGUCUGUUUUCUUCCAUCAGGUGCCUAAUGAGUGAGUCCCGGGGAUCAUGCCCAAACCCGCACAAUCAUUUUAUAAUCUAUUUGCUGAUCUAGCUAAAUUCGUCUUCCUAAUGUGAGCGCUGUGGAUGUAACCUGUGGAUUCAGAUUACAAGGACAUUUGAUUUUGGCCAUUUUUAAGAUGUUUUUAUCGUAAAAAAUAAAAUAAUUGAAAUGUUGAAUGGGAUAUUGUAGUAAAAGCUAUCAAACAGUUAUAUAUGUUUUGGAAUGACUGAACUUGGUUUAAACGAUACCUCUCUUAACUAAAAUGGUUCUCCAGGCAUUUGACAAUGUUUAAUUCACUUGAAGUUGGAUGAGUUUAUUUUAACACUUUUUAUUAAGUGGGAAGUCCUGUUUUUUAAAAUAGACAAUAUUUCAAACCCUUAAGCUUGAGCUGAGCUGAGCUACCUCACAGAAGUGAGUCUCUGUUGAGGUAAACGUUCACCCGGAGGAGGAAUCACACCUUACUGUAGAACCUGGCAUUUAUUUUCAUCAGGCCAUUGUCUUUAUUUCCAGAUGUCUGAAACUCAAAAUGUACAACGACACGGUUCUUUCAGAAUCUUCUGUGCUCACACGUGCCAGACUAGUUUGGUAGACGGUUUAUAUGUAUCAAGCAAAGUGUUUAAGAAACUAUUUUAUGUUAAGAGAGAGAGAGAGAUAAUAGAAUAGUUUGUCUAUUUUUCUAUGCCGUUGUCAUACAAGGAAAUUUUAAAAACACAUUUUAAGAACACAAUGUUGCAAUGACCUGUACCACUGAAACAGGAAGUGUUUUAAUUUACACAAUCUGGCAUGUAUCAAUUAUUUUUAAACCCGUGGAAAUCUGGAGUCCCGUCAUUUUUGUUCUUUUGGUUUUGAAAACCUCUAUUCUUUUUUCUACGAGUCAAACAUUCUGAGUGACCGAACAGCCCACUUCAUAACUUGUUUCUUGUGUAAUGAUUGAACCGUCUCUGGACCACAACUGAAUUGGAAAUAAAUGAAUGUCUUCUUCAAA